AUGACGAUCCUGAUAAGUGGUGGUGCAGGCUUUCUGGGUCAGCGCCUGGCGAGAGCUCUCAUUAAAGACCAGGCCGUUGCGCCGGGGCCAUCCAAUGAGCAAUCGGACGGUGGAACCAAGCUUCUCCUUGUAGACAUUCUGGAACCGGUGGAACCUAUUCCAGGAGCUCAGCAUGUUACAGGGGACAUCACGGACCCCUCUUUUCUGGCAAGUGUACUCACGGAAGACGUAACCAGCAUCUUUCACCUGGCUGCCAUCGUGAGCUCUCAUGCAGAGAGUGACUACGACCUGGGGAUGAAAGUCAACUUCGAUGCUACGAGAGCGAUCGUUGAAAGGGCCCGAGCCUUGAAGACAAGGCCGACGCUCAUUUUCACCAGCUCGGUGGCGGUCUUUGGUAUACCUCGCCAGGAGUUGCACGACGCGAACUCGAUACGGAAGCGCCAGCUGUCAUUUACGGAGACUACCGCUAUCACACCCCAAUCUUCCUAUGGGGCCGAGAAAGGCAUGGCAGAGUUGUUGGUUGCGGAUGCUACUCGGAAGGGCUUCAUCGACGGGCGGGCCGUCCGAUUGCCCACAGUCGUCGUCCGGCCGGGAAAGCCGAACAAAGCGGCUUCUUCUUUCGCUUCGGGCAUCAUUCGCGAGCCGCUUCAAGGGCAACCUUCCGUUUGCCCGGUGGAUCUCGACACGCCCGUCUGGAUACAGUCCCCUCGGAAAGUGGUCGAGAACCUGAUACGAGCGCACAAACUACCGGCCGGAACCGGGCCCCUGGUCAUAACCUUGCCCGGAUUAUCGGUAACGGCAGGAGAGCUGGUUGACGCUAUGGUGCGGGCAGGCGGCCGGCGAGAGCUGGUCCGGUUGGAAAAGCAGCCAGAUAUUGAGCGGAUCGUAAGUUCCUGGCCCGGUCGGAUCGAGACACCGGUGGCUAGCAGCCUGGGCUUCGAGGCAGACCGGAGUAUUGACGACGUUGUACAAGCUUUUGUACAAGACGACUUGAAAAUGUCUAGAUAGUUACGAAGGGGUGUUGAUACUGGGUGUCCGAGAGGGGCGUGCAGCAUCGGUUGGCCGGUCAUGUGUACCAUAGGAGACACUUUCAAUUUCGGAGAUGAAAUGCGGGAAUCGAUCGAGUGGUCGGAUUGCCGUCUGACGCAAUGAUAAUCGGCGGUAUGUUUUCGACCAGUCCGUUUGAUGCAGCGGGGAGAUGAUGCCACAAUCAGCCGCCAUGCUUUUGGUAGUUGCGUCCGCAUCGCAAUCGGAGGUCUCGAUCCACAGGC